AUGCCGAAUAACCCCGAUAUUAUUCUCGUCUUUAUUGGCGAAUCUGGAGCUGGGAAAUCGACAUGUAUAAAUUACUUCGCAAACUUCUUCGCUCAAACAGGUUUCUCGCAAGACAUCGGCUAUUCAAAAAUUCAAGUUGUUAUUCCAAACCGACUCUUCCCUAGUGCUGCAAAUGGAUUUAACAGUGGUGAACGUAACGUUAACGACAAGACAAUGAGUCAAACCAUGUAUUGUAAGGAGUACGAUUUCACUUGGUCAACAGCUAAUAACCAAACGAGAAUUAAAAUCGUCGAUACUCCUGGAUUCAACGAUACAGAUUCCAAACGUGAUGAUAAUAAUAUCCAAGAAAUUCUCAAGACUAUCGCCAAUCUUCCAUUUAUCACCGGUAUUCUUAUCACAAUAAAUGGCACGAACUCUCGUCUGUCAACAUCCGUGAAGAGUGCAUUGGAACAACUACGCAGUUCGCUACCGGAUAGUAUCUUCAAUAAUCUAUUCUUUAUUUUAACCAAUUGCACGGAAGAUGGAUGCAAUUUUGACUUGAAACUAAUCCAAGAAUAUUCACCCGACGAAGAACGUAUCUUCUACAUGCAGAAUUCCUUGUUCAGUGUGGAAAGUCGUGAUGUGAUUGAGCAAAAUGCGAAGAAUGCUCGCCGCGCUGAGACGAACUGGAAUGAGUCCAUGGAUACAAUUACAGACAUCAUGACCAAAAUGAAACAGAUUGGUGAAACAUCAACACAAGUGUUUGACGACAUGCGUACCAAACGAGAACAGAUCGUUGUUCACAAAGAAAAUCUCAUUGAGAAACAAAAGUCAUUAUUAAACAUCAUGCACGCAAUAAAAACCGAACAGGAGCGCUUGCUCAAUGCUCAAAAUGACCGAGAAGCCAAUCAGAAUUACACGACAACUAGAAUGAUUGAGCAGAUUGAUCUAGUGACUAAAGAAUAUUACAGCACCAUCUGCACAGAACAUGGAAAAGUAAGCGUAUGUCAUGAAAGAUGCGGUCUCCACUACAAGUCGGAGGUCAACUUUGAGCAUUUUAAAAAUUGUGCUGCAGCGGAUUCAACUGGCAAUAAUUGUAAACGUUGUAAAUGCGGCAUGAAUCAACAUUUACAUGCGUAUGAGAUUCCCGUGGCAAGAAUGGUUGAACUCGACGAAGUUAUUCAAUCAAAAAAAGCCGCUUUCGAUUCAGCUUCGAGUGACGAACAGACUAUUCAAGGUAAAUUACAUCAAUUAGCUCAAACUCACACACAAUUCCAAAAUGAGACUAUCCAAUGUAAGCAAGGAAUUCUAACUGCGAUUCGCGACCUGAAGCAAAUAUGUUCGCGUUUUAAUUUCGCGGAAAUGAUGCAGACUACUAUUGAUAAAUUGCGACAAGAACAAAGGAUUGCACGGGAUCUGCAAGCCAAACAGGAAUUUAGUGAUACAGCGGAUGCUAUUGAACAACUUAUUCGGCAAUUGAAAUAA